AUGGCCCUGCUCUCCAACAUGUUCAUUGACAUGUGGAUCCUUUUCUACACGACGGCGGCAGCCACGGGGAACUUAGGUCCCUCGGUGGCCUUACCGAUUCUUGUGCGGGUGAGUUUGCCACUUCGGGACAUGACCUCAUCAGAACUUCGGCGAGCCAUUUUCUCAGCCAAGUUGGGCGAACGCCUCUUCGCCUACAACUUUCCAUCUUGCUUCUUGCUGCCCUUUGUGUCAGGGCCUUGGCAGAGCUCGGAACUGGAGAUGUCGUACAUAGUGCGAAGCUUUGUCGGGGCCCUGGUGGCAAAAAUGGACGUUAAGCUUGGGCCGCUGGGCAACGUCGCACUGCCCUAUGAGGUUCACGGUCAUCGUUCCCUACCAUCUGUACAGCAAGCUGGUGGGUUCGCAGCCAAUCAGUAUUGUCCUCAGCUGUGGAGCAUUGUGGAGACAGUCAAAGAGGUGCAGAUGCCUGCCUCCUGUGGGGAGCUCAAAGCCCCAUCAUGCCAGAUGGGCAGCAUGACAGCGGAGGUCCUGAACAUGACCCAAGCCACAGUGUCGCUCUUGUUCAGUCCAGGAGCCGUGCUUGAUGUGAUCGUCAGUUGUGGCAAGUUGGCACAUGCUGACGCUCUCGGAGGCUACGUGUGCUCAACGCUCCUCUUUCUGUUCAUGAGCCAUCUUUUCGUGUACGCUUUGCACUUAGACCUUUAG